AGAGCCAGACCAUGGCCGAGGCGCAGGAGCUGCUGCUGCAGCUGCAGAAGGACAACCGCGACGGGAGGCUGCGGAAGCAGGAGCUGGAGGAGCUACUGCGCGGGCUGGAGGCCGAGAGCGAGAGCCUCACCGCUCGCCUGCGGGACCUGAGCGAGCGCGAGCGCGGGNCGGGACCCCCCCGGUGGGCGGGGGCAGUGGAGGCGGGGGGUGUCUGAGAUGGGGCGGGGCCCGCGCUGAUGGGGGGACCUCGGAGAGGCCUGGAUCUUCCCCUCGACCCCGUCCAGGAGCAGCAGAACCGACAGCUGCAAGAGCAGUGGGAGGAGCUGUCAAGCCAGCUCUUCUACUACGGAGGAGAGCAACUGAGCCAGCAGCGGGCGGAGCAGCAGCUAGGGACCCAACUGGCGGCCCUGCAGAAACAACUGGAGCUGGUGGAGGCCAAGCACACCAUGCAGGCGGAGACCCUGCGGCAGAGCGCACGGCGGAUGGAGGAGGCCUGGGCCAGCUUCCAGGAGCAGAGCGGAGUCUUGCAGGAGUUGCAGGGGAAGGUGAUGGAGGCGGCGGCUGCGCUCGACAGCUCGCGCGGCGGCCCGGAGCCGUGCGACUCACAGCCCCGCCGGGGGCAGGACUGCGCGGGCUCGCUCAUGGAGGAGGUGGCCAAGGCGGACUGUGACAAGCAGCUGUUCGGCUUGGGUGCAGCGGGCUUCAGGCUGUGGGCGCUGGGCGCGCUGCAGACGCUGCUGCUGCUGCCGCUGGGCGUCGUGGCGCUGCCGCUGCUCUACCUGGCGCUGGUGAACCCCUCGGUCCUGCGCCGCGGCCUCGCGCGCCAGGGCUCGGACGCCGCCCUGCGCCGCCUGCGCUACACGCUGGCCCCACUGCUGCAGCUGCGCGCGCGCGGACUGCUGCCCGCCUAG